GAUGGAAAUGCUGAAUUUCAGAUCAAGGUUAGAUAGGGGUUUUUUUUCCCAUACAAAUUCUUGAAAGCUCUCUACAGUACCCUUGGAAAGCCAUGGACCCCAGACGGAGAACUCUCAGAUUAGAAAAAUGUCCAGUGAGCAAAAGUGACUGCUGAUGAGGACUUCACCUUGACGGAUAUAUCUAUGUUUCUUUGGAAUGUGGCAUGGAAUAUAUUCAUCCAAAAGGUGUAUACCUCCCAUCAGGACACAUGAAUUAGCAUGAACCUGGAUUCAAGUGUGCUAUGUUUGCUGAGUGAGCACAGAGUCAGCUUCCUGUAUAAUGAGUAACAAUGUCUCCCUCUCCUCCGAAGAAGUGCUAAGCAUUAAGAUGGCAGAAAGGGAAAAGUGAAUUUUCCACAACCCGGGAAAAUCCUCCACAGAUUCAAGACAGCAAUUUCAAAGGUACUAAUGAUCAGUGAAAUGUCCCAGAGGCAGCUAACCACCAAGAAACAAAGGAUCCAGAUAAUCCAUAGGGUUGAAAAUUGGUACCUCCGCCUUGAAGGGGAUCCCUUUACUGAGAAUCUGUGUCUUCUCCUGGGUAAUUGAUCACUCUGCACCCAGGGACACCCGAUUCAUAGUUGAGGAGGAGUAAUCAUCAUGAAUAAUCAAAAAGCCGUGGCUGGGCUGCUGCGGGAGUGCAAAGGAGCCCUGGACACGCUCUCGUGGGGAUCGGGGAAGGAAGACAAGAGACAGUAUGAGCAGUGCCAAGCUUCACUCCCCAGCGAGUUAAGGACCCUAAUCCAAGAGGCCAAGGAAAUGAAGUGGCCCUUCGUGCCAGAGAAGUGGCAGUACAAACAAGCCGUGGGGCCCGAAGACAAAACAAACCUGCAAGAUGCGAUCGGCGCCAGGCUGCAUGAGUUACUGGCCUACUUGAAAGCCUCCAUCCUGGUCCAGGACUUCACCACAGCAGCUGCUCUCGUGUUCCUGAUGGACCGCUUCUUAUAUGGGCUCGAUGCCUCUGGCAAACUCCUGCAGGUCGCCAAAAGUCUACACAAGUUGCAUCCAACCAUCCCAAUUGCCCCACAGGUGGUCAUCCGACAAGCCCGGAUCUCAGUCAACACAGGAAAACUGUUGAAAGCUGAAUACAUCCUAAGCAGCCUUAUAAGCAACAAGGGAGCAACAGGAACAUGGCAGUAUAACAAGGAAAGUGAUAAGAUCCUUGUCCAAUCAGUCUGCAUUCAAAUCAGAGGACAAAUCCUACAGAAGCUAGGAAUGUGGUAUGAAGCUGCAGAAUUAAUUUGGGCUUCAAUCAUAGGGUAUUUGGAACUUCCUCAGCCUGAUAAAAAGGGAAUUGCUACAUCACUGGGCAUAUUGGCAGACAUCUUUGUUUCCAUGAGUAAGAAAGAGUAUGAAAAUUUUAAAAACAACCCUCAAAUUACCCUGAACCUUCUCAGAGAGUUUGAUCACCAUUUGCUGUCAGCAGCCGCUGCCUGUAAGCUAGCUGCUGCCUUUAGCCAGUACACCCCACUUUUUGUGCUCACAGCUGUGAACAUCCGAGGCACGUGUUUAUUGUCCUAUAGUAACUCUGCUGACUGUCCUCCAGAAAAGAGAAAGUUGUAUUUAUCUGAAGCCAAAGAGGCCUUUGAAAUUGGCCUCCUCACCAAAAAAGACAAUGACCUAGUUGCGGGAAAACAGGAGCUUCACAGUUUCAUCAAAGCUGCUUUCUGCCUCACCACAGUGCACCGGAACCUCAGUGGGGAGACCAAAGCAGUCCGUGUUUCAGAUAAACUUUGUAGAGAAGCAGUGGGGAAACUGUAUGCUUAUUCCACUUCAAGGGGGACUCAAGACAAAGAAACACUGGCUCGGGAGAUCAUGUCUGAUAUUGAGCAGGUUAAGAAGUAUUUGCAAGUCCAAAGUUUCUCCAAUUUAGAUGACAGAUCUUAUGUCCCAGAGAGUUACAAAUCUUGGAUUGAUCAGCCUAUCUUGCAUGGCAAAGUAGAUUUCAAAGGAAUCCUUGAAAGGCAUUCCCAACACCAUGCUUCAGUGUGUGAAGUAUUUGAAAGUAAAUGUAAGAGCCACAUGAGUAGAGAAGAAGUAAAAACAGGAGCCUGUAUCACAUCCUUGAAAACUGAGACAAAAAAUGCAGACACCUUGAGUACUAGUGAUGACAAACUGUUAAGUCAAAAAGGCAUUGAAAUACCUUCUUCAGAAAAACACAGUCAGAAUCAUGGGAAGAUCCAAAUAAAAGAAAGAAGAAAAUGGCCCCAAUCAGAUGUAGCUCAUGUCUCACUUGAUGAAGAGACAGAAACUGAACCACCAGACCACUUCAGUAAUGGGCAAACUGAUGUUUCUAGCAACUCUCUGAAUGGAAGUCAGACAUCUAACUCUUGGAGCAAGAUAUCAGGAUCCAGCUUAUCUACUAGCUGGGAGGAAGUAGAUGAUCAUGCUGGUGAUGUGCCAGUCAGAAGAGAGACCAUUCAAGAAAAAAUGCUAGUGGACACUCAGUGUUCCACAGCCCUGACUGAAGACCUGGAGAAUCGUGAUGAAAACAGCAAUCUCCAUUCAUUUGCUUCAGUGCCUCCUCCUGCCUCUUUCAAGGACUCCAAAGAAGACUGUUCAGGUCCUUCUCAAAAUCCCUUCUUGGCUUCCCACAAGACGAUAAGCACAGCCUCAGUUUCUGGUAAAGCAAUCUUAGCCAACAGAGAGCUAGAAAUAGAAAACAUACAGGAAAUAAGAAAUAUGGAAUCCAAAAAUGACUCUCCAUUCUUUGGACACUUAAGGGCCUCUUCUUGUUCCUCUGCCUCUAGCAGGUCUAGGGAGAUCAUCUCAUUGUCUUCCCCAGAAGAAUCAGACUCAUAUGAGGUGAUUGAUAGGUUACCUGAAGAUGAAGGGAAUCUAAGAGUCAAGAAUGGAGAAGAGAAGGGAGUAAAAACCACUGAAAGAAAUGAAGAACCCAUAUUUAGAGGACUGAUUUCUUGGAUUGAUCAGGAAGAAGAAACUACAGAAAGUAUAGAGGACACUUCCUUGGGUCAAUCUAAAAGCACCAAACUCUCUUCUACUUGUUCUUUAGCCAAUAAAUAUACUAUGACUGGUAGUUCUUUCACUCAUCAAUGGCCCAUGAAGAAGCUCAUCACAGCAGAAGAAGAGGCCAUAGAAAGGCAUGCAGAUGAGUCAGACACCUCUACAAAUGACAAGGAACUGAAGCUCACUAGUAGUAAGGUGAGCCACUGGGCAAAUAAAAAUGGGUCUCAUAGACUGAAUACUUUGGGACAGCAAACCUGUCAGAUGGUGAACAAUGCCCUUGGCUCCUGGGCAAACAGUAGCAGACCAUUCCCCACUCUGUGUGAUGAUACCACCACAGAGGAUCAUGGUGGAGGAAAUGAAUUUGGAAACUGUAGGCAGAAUUCUAACUCCUCUUUAUCAAGGUUGCUCAAUUCACUUGAUUUUUCCAAUGGUUCUUCUGAGGUGAGAAGUCCCUUGUCAUUUCUCAAUUCCAGUGGAAGCUCUUUUGUAUCUAUACCAGGAAAGGCCAACCAAGAAGUCCUAGAAGCUCGCACCCUGGAGGACAAUGACUUUGAGAAACUCCUGUCAGGAGUAGAGCAUGAUUGGUUAUUCCAGAGACUAGAGAACACAGGAGUUUUUAAGCCCAGGGAGCUCCACCAAGCACACAAUGCUCUUUUGCUAAAAUAUUCCAAGAAAUCAGAAUUGUGGACAGCCCAGGAAACUGCUGUAUAUUUUGGUGACUACCUGGUUGUAAAGAAGAAAGGUAAACAAAGGAAUGCCUUUUGGAUACACCUCCUUCAUCAGGAAGAAAUUUUGGGAAGAUACGUUGGAAAAGAAUAUAAAUCACAAAAAGGACUUUGGCACCAUUUCGUUGAUGUGGAGAGGCAGAUGACCGCACAAUACUAUGUCACAGAGUUUAACAAAAGACUCUAUGAGCAAAAGAUCCCAACACAGAUCUUUUACAUCCCUUCCACAGUACUGCUGAUUUUAGAGGGCAAGACCAUUAAAGGAUGUGUCAGUGUGGAACCUUACAUUUUGGGAGAAUUUGUUAAACUGUCCAACAACACGAAAGUAGUGAAAACAGAGUACAAAGCCACAGAAUAUGGAUUGGCUUAUGGACAUUUUUGUUACGAGUUUUCCAACCACACAAAUGUUGUGGUUGAUUUACAAGGUUGGGUGACCGGCAAUGGAAAAGGAGUCAUCUACCUCACAGACCCCCAGAUUCAUUCUCUUGAUCAUAAAGAUGUGACGACUAACUUUGGAGAACGGGGCAUUUAUUAUUUCUUCAACAACCAGCAUGUGGAGUGUAAUGAAAUCUGCCAUCGACUUUCUUUAACUAGACCUUCAAUUGAAAUACCUAGUUAGGCACAUAUUCCCCUUCAACAGCAAUAUAAAUGAAACAAUAAAUUUAGGUCUACAAAAUGAAAGUAGUCUAGGUGAAAACAAAAAAAAAAAAUUCAGUUAACUAUCUGGACAUUAUUAAUAAGUAAAUAUACAGAUCUUUAACAUUGUUUUUAAAAUAUAUCUGAGUAAUUUUUUUUGUUUUUACCUUUGAGUUAUCAUGAAUAUGUAUUCUAUUGUUCUUAGCUCUCUCCAAUUGUUGUUGUUGUUAUGAGAGUACAUUAUUAUUGAAUAAGAAAAAAAGGAUAGGGGUAGAGACCACACUUGUGGUUUCAUCAUACGGGAAACUCCCAAGUGAAGAAAUUCUCUCUAUGAUGCACCUUCUCUUUAACUUAGAGCCUUAGAGAGUUACCCAGAGCCUUUCGAGGGUAAGAGACUGGCCCAGAGCCAUAUAACUAGUAUAUGUCAGGGGGUCUUCUUGGCUUCUGCUUUCUAGUUACCACACCAUGUCACCUGUAGAAUUUAUAACUUCCCUAAACUCAGAAAAAUCUGUAUUCAAGCUAAGUCCUCUGCCUUUAACCCCUGUAUUUCUCCUAGGUAUUGUCAGAUAAAUGUUAUUUUGUGAUAAUUAUAUCAAUUCAACUCCCUCCCCCAGAAUCCCUUGCCAUACAGGCAACCUAUGGUACCUGCCGUUAGACACCUACCAGUUAUGAAUCACCUCAAGGCUAAACUUGCUAACCCCAAUAUUCCCUGACCAAAUGACUAAAACAGUUUCUAAGUAGAGCAGAAAUACUUUACUCCUCUAGGGGUCUCUUGGACCAAAGUCCAACCCAAAUAAAAAAUGAAUUCCUCUAAGGAAUACUAUUUUCAUAAACAAGUAUUAUGAUCAAAUACGAAAGAAUAAAAGAUUUCUAUCAGCAAUUAACGAUGAAAAUAUUUGGGGUAAGGUGAUGGAUAUUUUCAUUGUAGGUGACUUCUAAAGAAUGCCCAUAUGUUGUCAGAUAACAAUAAGACCAUAAUGAGUUUUGAUGGUCUGUUUCUUAUGGGGUGUUCUCCUCCACCCCCACAACUUUUUUGGUGGGCAAGGGGGAAACAGUUCUCUAUCUUAUUCAGACUAGAAAUGCUGCAAUAACUCACAGCCAUUGCUGAUUAACAUGAAAGCUUUGACUUUCUUUUCUGACCUGGGUCAGUCUGGCCUUCUUUAGGACCCUGGUGGCCACCAAGGUUCAUUACAGGGUUAAUUGGAAUUAGUGCAGACAAGUGAUCAGCUUUUAGUCCCACCAAGUUUGAUAGCUCCUCAAGCAAUCCACCAGCCUCAACCUCUGCAGUCACAGGGAUUACAGAUGUGUACCACUAGACCCAUUAGUGCAUGAAAAUGUCCAUCAGCACAUGUGUUUAGUGGAAUAAAGCAUUCUGGUACUAUAUGACAAAAGUUAUUUCGUAGAGACCAAAAUGUCAUCCCUGCGACAAUAGUAAAGACAUUUCCAUAUUUUGCUUGUGAGAAUACGUCCACUAAUCAAGUCAUGGCCUAAGUUUCAUUCUCUGAAAGAUGGACAAUAACACUCUUCCAGACUUUACCUUUUCCCCUGCCUGCUCCCAUUCCCAGCAGACCUUCCUCCCUCCAAGGCCUUUGCUGUCUAAUUCUCAUGACUACUUUGGAUGUUUCUUCUCACCCUCACUAGGAGUAUGGCAAACAAUGAGAAGGUACAUAAAGACUCCACAAGAUGAGUGACUUCCACCUCAUACCCACUUUUACCACAAUUUUUAUCCUGUAAGAUAAGGAAUCUGCUAAGUUUCUUCAGUUUCUUCUGGUUUGGACUAAACUCUCUUUGUAGGACCUGCAAUCUCCUCUGCACUCUUGAUUUUAAUUGAAAGUAUGAGAGCAAACCAAUACAGCUAAAAUUUAAAGGCAAGCACUAAGGAGAAAAAAAUCUUUGUAGAAGGUUUCUCUGAUAAGGGUCUUCUUUCCAAGAUAUCUAAAAUAACAAAUUCAAAUGUAUAAGAAUAAGAGCCAAUCCCUAAUUAAUAAUCAAAGUAUAUGAACAGGAAGCUUUAUAAGGAAGAAAUCCAGGCUCUCAACAACCAAAUGAAUAAAGUUCUCUAAGUUAACUAAAAAUUAGGGAAAUACAAAUUAUAACAACUCUGAUGUUCCACCAAAAAGAAAAAUGGCAAAUAUUAGAGGGCUUAUAGGAAAACAGGUAUGUUAAUGUGCUAUUGGUAGAUCUGUGAAUUGUUCAGCCAUUCUAAAAGCAAUUUGGAACUUUGGGGAAUAUCCAAAGAGUCAGCAAUCUGCAUGAUUUUUGACCCAGCUAUACUACUGCUGGGCUAAUUCACCAAAAAGAUCAAGAAAGAAGAAAAGGACCCACAAGUACAAAAACAUUUCUGAAAACUCUUUGGGUAGUGGUAAAGAAAUAGAAACUAAGGUGGUGCCCAUAAAUUGGGGAAUGGCUGAACAAGUUAUGCCAUAUUAAUAUAAAGGGAUAUUAGCAUCUCAUAAGAAAUGACAAAAGGAAUGGUUUCAGAGAAACCUGGGAAGAUUUGUAUGAAGUGAUGCAGAGUGUUGUGAGCAGAAUCAGAAGAACAAUUUAUACAAGACAGGCAUUUUUGGAAAAAUUUAAGACUGCUGAUCAGUGAUGAAUCAGGAUUCCAGACAAUAGAUGAAGAAGCAAACUACACACCUCCAGACAUAAAGGUGAUGAGUUCAAAGUGUAGAAUGAGAAACACUCCUUUGGACACAAUCAAAGUGGGGAUCUCUUUUGCUUCAUUACGCAUAUUUGUGACAAGGGUUUUCUUGGGUUUUUUUCUUUUUUUCCAAUAAGGGAAGGGAUAGGAGAGGGGCAGAAAAUAAAUGUUCACUAAAAAAAAUAAAAAUGAAAUGAAAGUAUGUGUAUAAAAUGCACAGGAGAGAAAAGAAGGGCGUCCAAAAGGAAACACAUGCAGUUUUAUGUAUAAUCCUUUCUAUAUUCUACUUUGUAUGUGGAAGUGCUCAUUUUAUUUGGUUUCUGUUAAGUUCACAACAAAAAUAAAAAUUUUUAACUUUUUUUAAAAAGAAA